AAAAUAAAGCUUUAUUCAGCUAAAAUUAUUGAGUAAGAAGAAAAAAGAAGGUUAAAUACGAAAGAGAUGGCGAGCGGUGGCGCCGGCGGCGGAGGUGGCGGAAAGGUGUCGUUCAAAGUUACACUGACCUCUGAUCCGAAACUCCCAUUCAAAGUAUUUAGCGUACCGGAGGCAGCCCCUUUUACUGCAGUUCUGAAAUUCGCUGCCGAGGAAUUCAAAGUGCCUCCCCAAACCAGUGCCAUCAUCACUAACGAUGGAGUGGGAAUCAAUCCUCAGCAGAGUGCAGGAAAUGUCUUUCUUAAACAUGGCUCAGAACUGCGCUUAAUUCCCAGGGAUAGAGUCGGUGCCUGUAUGUAAGCUUGCGCUCAAGUUUUAGAUGGGUUUCCCCUAUAUGCAUUUCAAUAUGUACUCUAUAGACAUAAUCCUCAAACCUAGUACUGGGAGGUUGCUUUCUCCAGACCAGUCUUUUGUUUUCUUUUGCGCGCAAAAGAUGAUAUUUCCAGUUCUUUAACUCUUAUUUAACAGAUAUAGAAAACAUCUUGAGUUUAAUUUCA